UUAACACAAGAUAAAAAACAAAAUUAUUUUCACUGACACACUGACAAUCUGACACUUUACUGACACUGCACCAUUCACCAAACCAAAUAGGAAACGUCGAAAACUAGAAAGAGUACUGCAAAAUUGUGAAUCAGAAUCAGUGAGAUGCAGUGGUGGGAGGUGUUCAAAACCUUAUUUUGACUUUUCUAACAAACCAAAAUGACCUUAUUCGAAAACCUUGAACUGUGAUGGUAAUUUGUUGAUUUUGUGCAGUGUAUUGUUAUGCAAAAAUAAGGAACACUCUUGGGAUUUAUUAUAAGUGUCGAAGUUACAUCGACAAUGGCCACGUCUGAUACUAAGAAGAGUCCUCAACUCAGCAAAAUAAAGUUGAAGAUAGUGAACAGUGCUGUUACCGCUAGCGACUCCGAUGCCAGUGUUGACACAAACAGCCUGAGUGCUGAGAGCACAACGGAACAAAAUCAGCCCCACCAAAAUGAGAAGAGGCGUAAGAAAAACAGGAGGGGGUCGGAAUGGGAGAUCAUGGAGGGGCUCAAAGACGGGCAGCGUUUCGAGACCAGGCCCAAUCCUUUCAACGGGUAUCUUCACAAGAAGAGAAAGUGGCCCUUGAAGGGAUGGCAUAAGAGAUAUUUCAUCAUCGAUAAAGGAAUCUUAAUCUACGGCAAAGGUCCUUCGGAAAUCAAUAAGGGCAAAAUCCACGGCACUCUCGAUAUCGGUCUUUCGGUCAUCUCCACCAAGCAGAAGAGGAAACGCAUCGACAUAGACGCCGAAGAGUUCAUUUAUCACUUGAAAGCAAAGAGUGACGAUGCUUUCUCCAACUGGGUGCAACAGUUGACGGCGCAUCGUCUCUUCAGACAGCACAUUUUGACGUAUGGUACGAACGUCGGAGCUUUGUUCAAGCCUAUGGAUGGGUUGCACAGUAUUCCAAGGACACCCGAAAUUUUGAGUCGCGAUGGCAGUUUAACUAGGGGCUUGAAACCUCCUAACGGGGGCGGAAGGCUCAGCAUAUGGAUGCAGGAAUCCCUGGUUAAUAUAGAGCAGUAUCAACGUGAUGCUACAAUAAUUGAACAAAAUAUUACGAAACUCACCAGACUUCUUCAACAAAUCGAAAGCAGCAAUCCCAUUGUGGCAGAGACAGCUAUUGAAGCUUUGUCUCCGAACGUUAAGAAGGAUCGAAGGAAAUUUGGUUUGAAAAAGAAAAAAUCCUCAUCUUCGAAAGGAGGUAGCGUCGAUUUGACAAUCCAGUUUAGUGGGAACAAAUCUACCACUGGCACCGAUACUGAUAAUACUUCACCUCUUUCUGCAAACUCGUUUUCCGCUGCCGCUUCCGCACCACAACUCAACGCUACAAACACCUGUUCUUUGCCUGUUCCUAUGAAUGCCUCUGUUAGCGCACCAAUGCCCGAUAGCCUAAGCAAUGUAGAUGUAAUAUCUCUGUCUGCUGAAAAUCAAAUGAGGGACGAUUUCAUCACUUUGGCCAAGCAAGUUAUAGGGAGCAUGAAAACGCUCACUUUCGGUUUGAGCACGGAAAGAGAACGGCUGAAGUCUGCCCUAGAAACAGAAGUGCAAGUUCCUGCUAGCGUUAGUAAUCAAAACAUAGUAAAUUUAAAGAAUAAUCUGAAUCAGGUUCUCCAACAGAAUUCGGAUUUGAGGAGCAGGCUCGUCAGGAUUCACGAAGCGUCGGAUUUGACUGAUUUGUCGUCAGUGGAACACUUGUCUGAUAACCAACAACGGACUAACAACGUCUCGCUGAGCUACAGCUCUUCCUGCGUUAGUGCGACCGAAUUUUUCGAUGCCGAAGAGUUGCCGACUGACAAAGCGCCCCGAUUCGCUGACCAUGAAGCCGGAGAGGAGGAGUCCGAGGUGCGCACGAGGUCAGAGAGCAGCUCGGAAGCGGGCUCGUUGUCGAGCGGAGAAGGGAGCAUUAGCUCCGAGUCGGAACUGGGCACCGAAAUGAACACAGCGAACAGUAUGGAGGCCGGAGAAAGCCAAGGUUUGACUGGCCGCCGAACCGUCCUCCCCGUCCCUCGCCCCAUCACAGAAGGCCUGUCGCUGUGGAACCUACUCAGUCGUAACAUAGGCAAAGACCUCUCUCAAAUCAGCAUGCCGGUAGCCCUAAACGAACCCCUAAAUGUCCUGCAGAGACUCUGUGAGGAGCUCGAGUACUCUGAGCUACUGGACAAAGCCGCAGGCAUAGACGAUCCUUACGAGAGGAUGGUGGAAAUCGCGGCGUUCGCUGUCUCUGCCUACGCGAGUACCCUCAGUCGGGCCGGAAACAAACCUUUCAAUCCCCUCCUUGGUGAGACGUAUGAGUGUACGAGGGAGGACAAGGGUUUCCGCUUCAUCGCUGAGCAGGUGUCGCAUCAUCCGCCGAUCGGGGCUUGCUACGCGGAGAGUCCCAGCUUCACUUUUUGGCAGGACGCCAGGGUGAAGACCAAGUUCUGGGGCAAGAGCAUGGAGUUCCAGCCGCUCGGCAACGUGAACGUUCUUCUGCCGAAGACGGGCGAUCUGUACACGUGGAACAAGGUGACGACUUGCGUGCACAACUUGUUCAGCGGGCAGAGAUGGGUUGAUCAGUAUGGAGAGCUCAGGAUCACCAACGGGAGGAUCACUUGCAAGCUGACGUUUGCGAAGGCUAGUUAUUGGUCGGCGAAGCGGCAUGAGGUCGUCGGCGCUGUCUACGACGAAUCAGGCCAACCGGUCCGCCGCCUCUUCGGCAAAUGGUCGGAAUCCCUGUACUGUGGCGUCGCCCCUUCUGCUCGGUGCAUCUGGCGUGCUGGUACUCUGCCCCCCAACCACGAACGCUACUACGGCUUCACGCGCUUCGCCAUCGAGCUGAAUGAGCUCGGUCCCGAAGCAAACCUGCUGCCGCCCACAGAUACACGCUUUCGGCCCGACCAGCGCGCCCUCGAAGAGGGCGACCUCUCCACGGCCGAAACGUUGAAGCUGCAACUUGAGGGCAUGCAGCGCGACAGGAGGAAACGCCGCGAAGAGUUGAACGUCGAGUAUGAGCCGAGAUGGUUCUCGAGUCCGCCGCAACAGGACGCUUGGCAGUACAACGGCAAGUACUGGGACAUGCGCAAGAAUCCGGGAUUUGCGAAUAUGCAGUUCGAGUCGCUGUGGUGAUAUGCGGUGAACUGUUGCGCGUUCUUUGAGGUUCGCAGGUGAGUUGUGAGUGCUGGUCGCGUAGAGGGUUGCUGGCUCAAAAGGAUUGAGGUUUCUAUAUCAGUAUCUUUUAUAAAGCUUAUCGUCCGUUGUAAUGUGGAAUGGAAAUUCCAUUAUAUGACGCAGCUUGAGCUUACAAAAGAUACUAUUAUAAUAGACUAUGGCCACGAAAGGUCAUCCAACUUCUAGUUGAGGUUUCAUCGGAGGUUGGUUUCGAUAAGAGGGAUGGACAGAUUCAACAUUGUUUUCAAAAUUUAUUUCACUGAAAUAUUUUUUCAAUAAAUCAAUCGGUAAAUUAACUGUGUUGAAUUGUCUAACAAUUAACAAAUUGUUAUUGCCAAAGAUAUUUGAAUAUAUCUUGCUGUUUGUUGGAAAUUUAAUCUUUCUCAAUUAGAUAAAUAAUCAAAGCCAAAUCAAUACAGAAUCUACAGGAGUGUAAUGAAGGGCAAACUAAAAAGUUCAUCCUGAAAAGGUACUGUGCAAUAUGAACCACUGAAAAGUCUAAAACUCCACAAAAAAAAACAAAAUUUAUAUUUACUUUACAGAAAGUAAUCCUUUUCUGUUCUCGAAACCCAGAGGUUCACUUGGAAAAACACUUCAGAUUAAGACAGGCAUAUUUUCUCUGACAAACGUGAAUAUAAGAACAUAGGCAUAAGACAGAAGAAAAUAUGACUGGUAAGUCGUUGUCGAACGGAAUUUGUAGUAUCAAACUAUUUAAACUCAUUGGCGAUUUGAAACCUGUCCUUGGUUAUGCACCGGUUCGAUGAGAUUCGAAGAUAAAGACGGGUUCAGAGCAUUACUAAUAAAGACUGCAUUAUUGAUAUUCGUGUGAUGAAACUCAUUAGCAUUUACACUUUCUCAAUAGGUGGGUUACUACCCUCAAUACCGUGAUCACAAUCAUGUGAACUGAACAUGCAGUUACUCAUUGCUAUCACGGUCGAUAGCCAAGCGGUUCGGCAUGGGUGCUUUGUUCACUCACACGA